GUAGCGAACAUACCGAAAUCGCCAACCCACGACGAGCGCCCGGAGUAUUAGUCCAUCGACAAUCCUCUGCCUUCCUUUCUCGAGUCCCUUUGGUUGGAGCGUCGACAUACUAACCACCGCCAAAAUGCCUUCGGAAGCCGGUCACAGAUUAUACGUCAAGGGACGUCACCUCAGCUACCAGCGUAGCCGUCACGUCACCCACUCCAAGACGAGUCUGAUCAAGAUCGAGGGAGUUGACGACACCAACGCCGCCAACUUCUACCUCGGCAAGAAGAUCGCCUACGUCUACAAGGCCCAGAAGGAGAUCCGCGGUUCCAAGAUCCGCGUCAUCUGGGGCAAGGUCACCCGCCCUCACGGCAACUCUGGCGUCGUCCGCGCCAAGUUCUCCAACCCCCUCCCCACCCGCUCUUUCGGCGCAUCCGUUCGCGUGAUGCUCUACCCCUCGUCGAUUUAAAAAACGGACUCAUCAUCGGACGGAGUUGGUAUUUGAGGAUGGAUUCUGAAUUGGUUGCAUCGGUCCAGGCAAGGGCAAGAGCACAGUGCCUUGCUUGCUAAAAAAAAGGCAUCAAAUCAAACUCGUCAAACAACCACGCAUAAAGGGCGAAACGCACAACCCGCCGAGAACCCUCCCCCACCCUAUUUUUUUCAUCGAGACAUGGGAAUAUGAUUCUGCGUGAUUCGACAAGAAGAAUGGAAGAGACGUUUGUGUACGGGUCGCGAAGAGUAGCCAUUAUUGUCGGGGGCUCGAGGACGGGGAAAUGAAAAAAAAAUCAACAACUUGAUGUUGCUGGCCGGCUACACAAACGCGAUAACGACGAACGGUAGAUCGGGCGGCAUUAAUGUCAGGUGUUUUCAAAAGACAUGGCUCAGCGACGGUAUUCAAUGGUUUUUGCACAACUUCCAUUCGGCUCCCUCUUCAUAAGCUGCCCGCGGCUUGUCCCCAGUCCUAGUCCAAAUGUCUUGCUGCGAAAGCAGUUCCAAAGCUUUCCGAGUCCCAUUUUGCCCGUUUGUGCUGCAUUGGAUGUAUUGCCACAUGGAUCGGUGACAUGCUUCCAA